AUGUCGCAGGUCGCGGCCGACCACUGGCCGCUCGUGACCUUUGAAGACGUUGGCGCGUCGCUGUGGAUCGAGAUGCUGCAGUUUCGCCAGCGCAUCUGGGACCUCAAAGGCAAAAUCGGCUCGAUUGUGCAGCACGAACGCACGAGCCGCAACGCGGCCGAGAGUGCCCUCGCCCGCUUUGUGUACGUGGCGCUGCUCGGGAACGUGGUCCUCAUCAGCAUGGCACUCGCGCAAGUCUACUACGUGCAGAAGUGGUUGGCGUGCUAA